AUGAGUUUAGUCAUUAAUGAAAGCAAAGCAAAAAAAGCAGUAAAAGCACUUUUCAAGCAUGAGUUAGCCAAAAACCAAGACAGUAUAAGAAAUGUAUGGCUUACAAUCAAUGUAUUUGAGCCAGUCGAUCAGAGCAAGAGCAAUCCAACUCGCAUUCUUUUGAAACACUCGAUCCAAGCACCUGGUACACAGCGUUGUCUUUUUACAAAGGACCCUACAAAGCCUGUCAAAGACUUGCUGAUUUCAAAACACAUCAAGGGAAUUCACAAGGUUAUUGGCCUCACAAAACUGAAAAAAGAUUACCCAACCCCAGAAAAGAGAAAACUGUUGAUGGAACAGUAUGGUGAGUUUGUGGCCGAUCUGCGUGUGAUGGAUAAAAUGCCAAAAUUGCUCGGAAAAGACGUAUACAAGAAGAGAAGAGAACCACUACCCCUGGAUUUGAAGAAAAAGGAUAUUCAAAAGGAGGUUAUCCGAGCGGUGAAAUCAACUUUCAUGGAUUUUCAUACUGGUUCUUGCUAUUCAGUAAAGAUUGCCUCAACCAUGCUGAACGAGACACAAGCCUUAGAGAACCUUUUGGGAUGCAUAUCGAAUAUUGUUAAAGAAACAGAGGGUGGAGCAGAAAACAUUCGAUCUCUAAUGAUCAAAACCGCCGAUUCCCUGAGCUUACCUGUGUAUGAAGCAGAAGAAGAAGAGGGAGUAGUUUAUGAAGAUACUGACGAAGAAGACGAAUAAACGAAUAGACAUCUAGACAAAUAUCA